AUGUCGGGCUCCUCCAGACGGUCCUCGCUGAGCGGCCUGUUCAGCCGGCCGGUGCGCAUGGCGCUGAAACCGCCGGACCGCCCGCUCGCCCUGCGGCAGGAGUCCAUCACCGCGACCAAAACCACGCUGGUGGUCAAGCCGCUGGGCGACGCGCAGGCCGAGGUGGCGUAUGCGGUCACCGACGCCGACGACGUCCCGCAGUACACGGUAACCGGGCGCAAGUUCGGCGCCCGCGCGUGCCGGGAGUUCCGCGAUGCGUCGGGGCUGCCGCUGUUUGAGAUCCACCGGCGGCUGGCGCUGAAGAACGUCUGGGCGAUCACGCUGCCCGGCAGCGAUGCGACGACGCUCGCGACGGGCUCGCCGCGCGGGUUCUUUGGGGCGCCCGCCUUUGGGAACUUCAAUGUGACGUUUGAGAACGCGGCGGCUUUUGGGGCGAAGCGCGUCGAGGAUAGGACUGUCACGCUGGAGGUUCACCGGUUUGGGAAUGUGUUGGCGUCGUUUGAUGUCGUGGAUGGGGAUCGGAAGGUGGCGGAGGUGCGCGAGAGCAUCGUGCAUAACCAGACGCUCGCCUUACGGCCUAGCUCGAAGAACCAUUCGCAUCGGCCCGCGUUGGAUAUCAUAAUCACCCGUGGGGUUGAUACUGCAUUGAUCUCUGCCAUUGCGGUGAUUGCUGCGGACUGGGUGUUCAGCACGGGAUAG